ACUGCAUACGCAGUGAAAUAGGAUUUUGCUGCUGUCAAUGUGCAUUCUUUGCUGAUUCUGGGAAGACUCUGCUUCAGGGGGAGAUUAGAAGGAUGGAAACUAAAGCUUUGGAAGAGGAGUUGAACUGUACUGUGUGUUGUCAGGUGCACCAAGACCCUGUCCUUUUGCCCUGCCAACACAGAUUCUGUCUCAAGUGCAUCGAAGAUGUAUGGGCCCAAGAAGUCGCCCAGGAUGGGUUCAGCUGUCCUCAGUGUCAUCAAAAAUUCAACCCCAAGCCCAGCCUGAAGAGAAGCACUCCCUCCAUCCCCUGUGAUCACUGUAUUGACAGCCAGUCCCCAGCUGUGAAGACCUGUUUGAAAUGCGAAACCUCCUUCUGUUCCCUGCAUUUGAAGCCGCACUUGAUGAAAGAAAACUUCAAGGAUCAUAAACUAGUUGAACCUGUGACUGAUCUCACGCACAGAAAGUGCCCAGACCAUCAGAAAAAUCUUGAGUUUUUCUGUGUAGAUGAUGGAGUUUGUAUAUGUGCCUCAUGUGGAGUUAUUGGCAGACACAAAUCCCAUACAAUGGUGAGCCUCGAUGAGACAGAAGCUGCAAGGAAGAAAGAAAUCCAGAGUGAAGUUGAGAAACUUCAGCGGGUUCGCCAGAAUUGUAUUACCAAACAGAAAAAUUUCAAGAAAUCAGCAGCUGAAAUAAAGACGCACACCGGUGAGCUGAAGGGAAAGCUGUCAAAGAAGUUCUCUGAAAGGAGGAAAAAAUUAAAUGAAGACGAAAAGUGCGCACUGAGACUGAUCGAUGAGCAUGAGCAUUCUCUGCUCUCUGGAAUUAGGGACAGCUCAGAAACAUUACACUCAAUGGAAGAACAGAUGAGGUUAGUCGAUGUAGAAGCCCAGAAUCUAAUGCAAGAGGACAGCAUCUCGUUUAUUCAGAAAUCCAUGGAGCUCCUUUCCAAAGUUGUUGCAGCUCAGAAGCUCACAUUUCCAGAUCCUCCAGAACCUGUCUUGAACCUGUCCAAUUUGCCUCAACUCAAAAAGUUGAUGGAGGAAUCCGAAAUGUCUUACUCAACCGGGGAGGAACGGAGACAAAUUCAUGACUGUAUGGAAUCAACAUGUGAGAAAGGACCUGCUGAACCAGCAAGUAUAGACUACACACAGAAGAAACAAUUGAGUUACCUUCCUGUUCAAACAAUGACAGUCGCUGACGAGAAACGUUUGAAAGAAGCCAGACCUAAAUCCUCCAUAAUGUCAAUGAUAGCCACUCCAAAGGCCAUCAAACAGCAAAAUAAAGUAUUGGAAAGAUUACCAAGAGAAUCAGAAGGAGAAUUGUCAUGGUUGACCCUGGAUCCAAAUACUGCAAGCAAGAACUUAGUUUUGUCUCUCAAUCUGAGAUCAGUGAGGUACAGUGAAAAUGAACAGCGCUAUCCAAGUAACCCACAGAGGUUUAAAACCUACUCCCAAAUCCUCUGCAGCCAGAGCAUGUUUUGUGGACAACAUUCCUGGCUUGUGGAAACUGAUGGAAGUUGGUGGGGAAUUGGGAUCGCAUAUAAGAACAUACAGAAGACAAGCAGCAAUUCUGAUCUCCGGAGAAAUUCACAAGCUUGGUGCUUGUAUCAAGGAAUUAGUAGUUUGAGAGCCUGUCAUAACGGCAAGCAGACACCAAUACCACUGAAAUCCUUCAUCGAGAAGAUCCGAGUUCACUUAAACUAUGAAGAAGGAACACUGGCAUUUUACCAGGUCGCUGACACACUGACACACUUGCACACGUUUAAAACCGUAUUUACUGAGCCUGUGUACCCAGCAUUUUGCUGUGAGAACGACACUAGGCUACAACUAUUAAAUUAG